AUGUCUGACAACCUGAAGAGCGCCUCGGUCGAUGAAGUGGACCGGUCGUCCGCUUCUGGCCUCCAUCACAAGGAUACGCAUGAUUCGCGGUAUAUCGAGGAGGCAAAGGGCGGUCCGGGAGAAGCCCUCUCUGAGGCCCACCAGGAAUAUCUGCUCGCUCGUCAUGGCAGACUCGAUCUACAGCCGGUUCCUGACAUGACCGAUGCUGAUCCUUACAACUGGCCCAAGAGAAAGGCAUUGAUCAACCUCAUACUCGUCGCGUUUCAUGCCAUGAUGGCAACCUUCACUGCUGCUGCCAUCCAGUCCGCCUUCGCAGACAUCGCCAUCGACUUGAACGUCAGCCUCCAACGUGCCAGCUACUUGACGUCUCUGGUGAUAGCAAUCCUCGGCGCCGCGCCGCUGUUCUGGAGACCAUUGUCAGACCGCUAUGGAAGAAGGCCAAUAUUCCUCCUCUCGCUCAUAUGCAGCCUCAUAGGCAAUGCCGGCUGUGCGAAGAGCCCAUCCUACGCCACCAUGGGACUGUGCCGUGCCAUCACCGCCUUCUUCAUCUCUCCCGCCGGCGCCAUCGGCAGUGCUGUUGUGCAGGAGACAUUCUUCAAGCACGAAAGAGCCAAAUUCAUGGGCGUCUGGACCCUUUUCGUCACACUCGGCGUCCCCACGGCACCCUUCAUCUUCGGCUUCGUUGCACUCCGCGUCGGCUAUCGCUGGAUAUACUGGAUCCUCGCCUGCACCAACGCCGUCCAACUCCUCCUCUACACCUUCCUCGGCCCCGAAACGCGCUACAUCCGCACGCCCACCACCACCCCAUCUCCCCCCACCAGCGCCCCCUCCUUCACCCGCAAAUACCUCACCUUCACCCGUCUCGACCCCACGCCCCUCACGCUCUCCUCCUUCCUCUCCCCUCUCCACUUCUUCGCCGCGCCGCGCGUCCUCGUCCCCACCCUCGCCUACGCCACCACCUUCCUCUUCGCCUCCAUCCUCAUCAGCAUCGAGAUCCCGCAGAUCUUCGUCGAAAAGUUCCACCUCAACACGCAGGCCAUCGGGCUGCAGAACCUCUCGCUGAUCAUCGGCUCCGUCAUCGGCGAGCAGAUGGGCGGCCGCAUGAGCGACUGGUGGAUGCAGCGCCGCCGCAAACGGACCGGGGGAAGCGAAGAGAGGCCCGAGUUCAGGCUGUGGCUGAGCUACGGCGGGUACCUGCUCGCGAUCGCUGGCGUCGUCGUGUUUCUCGUGCAGACGGGGGCGGCGAGGGAGGGGCGGUGGAACAUCACGCCGGUGAUUGGGGCGGCGGUGGCGGCGGUGGGGAACCAGAUCGUGACGACGGUGCUGAUUACGUAUGCGGUGGAUUGCUAUAGGGAGGAGGCGGCGGGGGUGGGCGUGUUUGUGACGUUUGUGAGGCAGACGUGGGGGUUUAUUGGGCCGUUUUGGUUUCCGGACAUGCUUGAGAAUGUGGGGCUGUAUGGCAGCGCUGGUAUCUGCACUGCGUUGAUUGUUGGAAUCAGCAUGAUCCCGACAGUCUUUCUGCAGUGGAAGGGACAUUCAUGGCGCUGA